AUGGACCAAACAUAUACAGAAUGGCGACAUUUGAUCGACGGCAUAGGUGAAGGGCCAGCAAAACCAGAACCUUCGACCACGCAGAUACAGUUCACAGUUCCACCAACCCCGUCCAACACCACACUGAUCCCACAUCUUGAGAGUGUCCACCAUAUCUUUGCACAAGCACUAAGCGUCGAUAUACGUCUGAUGAUUUGGCCAGAGAGUUGGUUCCCAGGAGAUGACCGACUGAGCCCCCUGUGGCUCCGGCCUUGGAUUAAAUUUCCUCAACUCCAAGAAGAAAUCUGGAACAAAAUCGUCGAUACACCCGAGAUUCUCGUGAAAUGGUACGCGGUGUAUUCGGAAGACACUUUGAAGCAAUUUGCGCACAGAACGCUGGACGACUUUCUCGCGAUAAUUGUCAAUUAUAUGGAACAUGAGCAGCCACUGCGAUUUACGUUCGAUGCCCGCGGAAAAUUGAACUUCGACCGUCCGCGUCAUUGCUGCAUUUCGGUUGCGAAAGGCGGAUUCGAAGAGCCAGCGUAUGCAGUCUUGUAUGUCCCACCGUUUUGUCUGACUUUGCCCGAGCUGGUUGCGGGGUUGCGCGCGACAUCACCGGUGGAUAUCUUCGACAAGGAACCCAAAACAUUUGAGGAACAUGCCACCGCCAUUGUGGUACGUGCGAUCGCUCGGCUCUAUUCAAGAAUGAUGGGCGCUGGAAUCCAGUAUGGGUAUAUCUACACCGGAGAGGCCUUGGUGUUUCUUCACAUCGACCCAAAAGACUGUACAGCUAUGGAAUAUUAUCUCUGUGUUCCUGGUCGAGACGUCGCUUCUCAUGGUUAUGAUGCGCAAUCAAACUGGGUUCGCCGUACGGCUUUGGGCCAAGUCCUCGCUUUCACACUGCAAUCUUUAGGUACCACCCCACCAACGCAGGAAUGGCAUGACGCAGUUUAUCAAACCUAUCGUCCCCUGGAAGGCGAUUACUCACUCCUCAUGCCCCAAGCACCGGAUGACAUUCGAUUCAGCCCACCAGCAGAGUUUAUGUAUGAAGCCUCAUUUUGGACUAGAUUCUGGGGAAAUCUCCUGCAAGCAGACAUGAAACCGAGCGGUCCUGAGAACCCUCCUUUACAAACCACUGGGCCAGAUAUUUGCAAGCCUUACUGUUCCCAGGCAUGCCUCCUCGGCACCUUUGAAAAGGGAGUUCUGGAUGAACACUGCCCGAACGUUGCUGAGCAUGGCAUCGCAAAACAUCAGCUUAGCGCACAGGAAAUCUGCGAUAGGUUGAAUGAACAACUUCGAGCAAAUCGGUAUCAAGGAUUCCAACAGCUGCAUAUUGUUGGUCGAACCUGUUAUCUAUUAAAAGCAACGUUGCGGUCUCAUGGGUACACGAUGAUGAUCAAGGCCACCGGCAACAGCCAAUCGCGCAGGAUCAAAGCUGAAUUGAGCAACUAUCAGAAUCUGAAAUCGUUGCAGGGAUCUCAAAUUCCUGUAUGUCUCGGGAUGUUUGAACCCAAGAUCCCAUAUUGGUAUCAUGGGGUUCAAAUGACCUACAUGCUGCCCCUCAGCUGGUCUGGAAUUCGAACGGAUGAACAUACCACCUAUGAAACGACUCAGUACCUUGAACAGGAGAUGCGAAAACUUGAGGACAUCCUUCAAGAGCAUGGGGUUAUUCAGAAAGAUGCAGCCUUCCGCAACGUGCUUUGGAAUCCCGAUAUAGAAUGCUUUAUGAUGAUUGACUUAGAAGAUAUGAAGUGGCUGAAGGGACCUCCACAGGGCUCCAAGGGACGUCGAAGCCGUCAAACACAAUCCAGCAUAGACAAAAUCCGGACCAGUAGCUAG